CCAACUCUCCAGGAAAAGUCUCUAAGUUCUCCGCUUUACACUGCAGUUCCCGCUGCAACGGACAUGUUCAAGAAAGUGGCCAAACGAUUUGUGAGCGAGAUCGACUCCCAAGGCAGGCUGAUACCAGCAACAAGUGUGAAUGAAUCGGAGCACUUCUACCCUCUGCACCUGCUCCACAGGAGGACAGAUGGCCCGUUCUGGAGGAAACCGCGCUACGAGCCGAUCCAUUUGGAAAUCAAACAGAUCGCGGACUUUCAAGCCAGUUGGGCAUCAGUUCCAGGCCCAUCCCUUGGAUUCCAACAAAUGGAGAAUUCUAACGAGAAAGAUUUGAAGAUGAAGAUCAAGGUGACUCCAGUAGAGGGAAGUGUCCAUGGCAGCAGCAGUGUCUCGGAAAGCACCUCCCUGCUGACAGAGAAGCUUUCCAUCGAUGUGAUUGAGAUAAAUGAAAGCUUACUGGGCAGGAAAAUUAAGAAGCACCAGGAUUACAUAGAGCGCAAUUAUUCUGGAAAGCUGUACAUUGUUACUGAAGCCCUGGUCUCUAAAGAGGUCGUCACAUUGAUGAAAAGCACCAAGCAAGAGUGUGAUGUGAUGGUCUCAUUCUCGGGUGCCUUCGAGCUGGGGGGCAAAUGCCAAAAGUCAGCGGUAAAAAGUCUCGAGAUUCCCGAAGGAACAGUCAUUGCGUACAAGGUGUGGGAGCUCACUGUGAUGCAGGAUAAAACCUUGUGCCUUUCGUUGCCGCAGAUAGAGACAGGACUCCUGAGAGAAGCCUGCGCGUUUGCUGCUGACGCCCCCUUGGAGCAAAUGGUAAUGAGGAAGUACGACGUGUGCCGUCAGCUCAGUUACCUGGAGAGCAGUGCGAAGCCUCAACUCUUGGACCUCAUUUGCCAGAUCAUUGAGGACUUUGAAGUCUGCUCAUUUCUUGAGGACACGUUGUGUGACGCUUACGAUGGAAUUAAUCCGGUGUCGCAGGACUUUGACACAUUGGAAGCGUCAAGCUGCGAUCGGGCCCGGGCACUGCUGGACUGGCUGGGAAUCUUGAGAGAAUAUCAGCCCGAUGCAGCGAAGAAGGAUGAACUUCUUCAAGCAGUUUGUCUUCUGGUCGGAGCAAUAGUAGAUUUGCCAUCAGCGAUCUUGCCGAUGUUGGUGGAGAGCCUGAAGAUGGAGCUUAUCCCAGAGCAGUUUCGAGUGGUUAGACAUAUCGUUACGAGCACGGUGUUUUGGAAGAUGGAGGGUGACCUGGAUGCCGGUAGCAUGAUGGGAGAUGCGCUCGGGAAAACUGUGGCAAUCCUGAAGGAGACCGGAGUGGAGCUGGAGAGGGCCGACUUGUGCCUGAGGUACCGUAUUGAACAGACAGGAGGAACAAGGAGCCUCUGGGAGCUGGACAUGGUCUUGUACAGCCUGAAGACACUGAGCGGUCAGUGACCUGGCGAUUGCGCCUGUGGACCCAGUGCUUGGCGUUUGCUGCGGACGGAGGUUUUGACCCUGGUUUGAUUUCGACACCAACUAUUUGCAUUUUAUAUAGUGCUCUUCACGUGGGCGAAAUGUAUAAUUUCGGUUCAUUUAAAAAAAAAAACACUUUACAUCGUGUUUCGUGGCUCAGAAUUUUUACAUAAAAUUAUUUUGCAAGUCCAGACUUGACGAG